AUGUCUGUCAUAAAUAAAAAUAUGUUCCAAUACGAGUACGAGAAGCGACCGCCUUCGCGCGAUAGUCACGCGACAGUGGCGCCACGCUGGCACUCGCGCCCGUUACCGCCUCGACCUGAAGACACGUUGCCUACUAAAACUAGUGUGCCAUUAAAAGUAUGGAUAAUAGCCAGUGCCUCCUGUUUCGCGGUCUGCGGUGCUCUAGUGCUGGCCACAAUCGUGAUCACCAGGUGGGGGGCUAGCGAAAGCUAUGCCCCUAGAGCUAUGUUCGCUGAAGCGAGGGAACCAAUAUACGCAAAUCCGUACCCAGAACCUCGAACAACAACAACGGAAGCUGACACAGCAUCUCAAGAAAUAGACAACGACAUUCAAUUUCCUAUUCUAGAAAAACUUUCGAUAUUCAAGAACAUAGUCGCAAAUCGGGACAAAAAGAAAGAAGAAAAUAAUCUGAUAUUUAAACCGCAAAUACAUCCAGCUCACGACACCUCCCUGCAUCAUCCAGAAAGAAAAAUCGAGAAGAAGGACCAAGCGAAACUGCCUCAAGAUUUCGUCCACCCAAAAGUUCCUGAAUUCAAACCUACCCUUCCAGACGUGUUUAUAGAAGAUUCAGGAAUCAAGUUGUCUGAUGGUUACAUCGCUGGUUUGAAGAGAGUUGAAGACAAUUACGAAGAAUAUUACAAUGAUGAAAACCUUUACGAUGAUUAUAUGCAAAGCAAUAGCAUGACAAACUAUUUGAUUGAAAAGGUCCAAGAAUUGCACGAUUGGAUCACAAGUGAUCCUGACUUUGAUAAUAAAACGGAAAAGCGGAAUUCUGGGAAUGAAUUCGGUCAACUAUUAAAAGCUUUGAAUGAAAGUUUGAUCGAGGGCAAUGUAACGAUAGUGAUGAGUAAAUUAAAAGAAAUAUAUUUGGGUGAGAAUUUUACAAUAUCAAAUCAGAGUAGGAAAGUUAUUUUGAGCAAUAGUACGAAUUUGCUCUCAUUUGGAAUACUCACUUUGGAUGUGAUGCUGCUUCACAAUAUUCAGCUUAUGGCUUGGGAAGCUCAAGAGUCAGCUCGACACAAAAUGUUGAGAGAUCCAGACGUGUUUGCAUUUAACGCGCUUUUCAUGGAACCUGGUAAAGUAGAGGCUAAAAGAAACGAGAUUCUCCACCAACACGACAAUUUAUCUUCCUAUGGGAAACGUCAAAAUCGUCAGGAAGAUGAUUCAGAUUUUGGUAAGAAUCUUCUGGAAAACGUGCUGGAAAUCGGUAUGAGUACAGCCCGAGCUGCUAUACACUUAGGCAGAGCGUUCAAAAAUACUAAAAUCGUCCUAAACCAAUUAGCUAACAAAGAAUCUCUUAAUGCCAACAUACAAAAUCAAAUUUCAAGAAACAUUGAUGCCAACACUCACGCGCUAAACCACCUCCAAACGUCAUUCAACAAAAAUGACAGUUACAGUGUUGCAAGUGGUAAUAAUGGGAUUUACACCGAUUUGGACUGUGUUUGGCUCUUAUAUUGUAAAAAUCUCGUUGCCACAGCAAAAUUAAACGCACCUUAUGGAACAAUGGCUAGGAUUAAUGGAUUGGCUUUGAGAAUGCUGACUGGAGAAUUGCCCACCGACAGGGCAUUCGAUACCAUGCUCUAUGAAGUUAUGACGGGAUGGACUGAGCUUAAAUGUAACGAUAUGUUUCCGAGAUGCAGCAAAGCAAACGCAGCCAACGUUGUACUAGAAUCAAUACUCCAGCCAUUGAGAAAGUCACAAUCUUCUAACAGAUUGUAAUAAAAUACAACUAAAU